AGGCCUCCAUCUCCUUGUGGCAGGAUUACGGCAGCUGUAACAAUGCUCUCGUGUUUACCAACAGCCGCCCCGUCACCCCCACGAUAACGUCACGGGAACGAGGCUGCCCGCCAAUAGAGCACGGAUAUACACUACUUAUCUCUGAUAAAGACCCCCAGGAAAAACACCAAAAAGGGAAAUUGAGUGUUGAUAUUGUAGCGACUCGGAGAUCUUUGACAUAGGUUCCGGUCGUAGAUGGAUGUGCAACGUAUGAAUGACUAAGGAACGAAGCAUUUCAAGUGUAGUACACAAGAGAUGUGAGAAUUAGAAGGGGGAUGAUCUAACGGCGCCCGUGGAUAUCGCUCUUCCUUCCUCCUAUUCUGUAGAACACUUUCCAAGCAUGAGGCAGAAAAUACAACACACUAACGCCACGCUAAAUUCUUCCUGUACAUCAACACUCCACGGGAACGAGUGUCCAACGAGAAUCUAGCAUGGAUCUGGCAGCCGUGGGGUUUGUCCUGAUGGCGUGCCUGGCCGUGCAGUGUCCGGCCGAGACCAGUGGGAAGGAGGUUCGAAUCGAGGGGAAGUUCAUGCUGGGCGCCCUGUUCCCGAUACACUACUCGAAGGACCAAGUCUGCACAGCGGAAAUCAACGAGCAGGAUGGGAUACAGAUUCUGGAGGCCACAGUGUUCGCUCUAAGAAAAGUGAAUGACGAACUGAAGAAGAAAAGUCUCUCUAUAGGGUUGAUAGCUAGGGACUCCUGUUACGAAACAAAUGUAGCGUUGCAGCAUGCACUAGAGUUCGCAGAGAGGCGAUAUAACUCUCGGUCUUUCAGAUAUGAUAACUGUACGUGUACGUCAUCAGUUGCAAACAACGUCAUUGGUGUGAUCGGGCCGCCAAGAAGUAAGGAGACGGUACCUGUGGCAAAUCUCCUCAACCUGUUUCAAGUUCCGCAGAUAAGCUAUUUUGCCACAACCCCUGAACUGAGUGACAAUGUGAAAUACAAGUACUUCAAGAGGACCGUGCCCUCGGACAUGUACCAGGCGAGGGCCCUGGUCAGUAUUCUCAGUUCCCUUGGCUGGGAAUUCAUCAGUAUCAUAUACGAGGACAGUAACUACGGGAUCGAGGGCUACACACAUAUCAUGGAGGCCGCGGAGGAUGCCGGGAUAUGUUUUGGUUACGACAAGAGAGUGAGGGAAACAGACAGUGAUGAAGAAAUGGAGGAAGUAGUGGACGAUCUGAUGAAGAAGGAAAACACGAACGGAAAAGUCUUAGCCGUGCUAUUUAUGCAAUACGCUAUGGCUUACCGCAUCAUGGGGUUAGUGAAUACUAUCCAUGGCACCAAAAACGUCAUCUGGAUAGGUGGCGACGCCUGGAUAGGGAGAGAGCCCCCUAGCGGAUUUGAAAACGUCAUCAAUGGCGCCAUCGGGAUCAGUCCAAAGACAAAAAAAUACCCAGGGUUCGCCGAGUACUUCAAAGAACAGACCAUAAACAACCCCCACAACCCCUGGUUUGGAGAAUACCUGAUGCAGCGGUAUAACUGUUCGACGUCCAAGAAAUCCAGCUGUUCUAAUUCCAAGAUGAACGAUUUCAAGGAGCUACUGACUGCUUACAAUGUCCGUAACGCAGUGUACGCAUUCGGUGACGCCAUAGAUCAGAUCCACACCUCGCUCUGUGGAGGCGGACUUACGGGAGUGUGUGAUUCAAUGAAGACCAAUCUCACAGGGGAGCUACUACUCCAGUUCUUGGCAAACGUCUCAAAUCCAUACCAAUCCAAGUUUAGUUUUGUGGAAGGCAGGGACGGGCCGGUACAAUACAGUGUUCUACAGUACCAGACACGGCAGUGGACAGAGACGGGAACAUACAACGAGGACAAUCUAGACUGGAAUUCUGGUAACAGACCGGAACAGGAAACGUCAGUCUGUUCCUUACCGUGUAAACACGGCGAUUUCCGGAGUCGAAGCGACACCUGUUGCUGGGACUGUAAGCCGUGCCCGUACACGGACAUCGUAAACGAGACGGACCCCUACAACUGCCAGGCCUGCGGGACCGGAUGGACACCCGGUCUAUUACAGAACGCAUGCGUAGCCAUCCCCGUCAAGCACCUUGAGUAUGACAAUCCCUACGUCAUUUUGAUCUUUGUGCUGUCGUCAGUGGGAAUCGUGCUGUGCUCCAUUGUAUCCGUCGUUUUCGUGUUCAAGCGGUCUACCCCCAUAGUGAAGGCUACAGGGUUCGAAACCAGUCUGGUACUGUUAGUAGGUAUACUCCUGUCCUAUAUUUCCCCCUUUAUACUGGUCAGCGAACCUUCCACUGCAUCCUGUGCUUUCUUCAGAAUAUUCCUUGGUCUCAGUUACACCAUGGCCUACUCGUCCAUUCUGUCCAAACUGAUGGUCUAUAAUCGAGCGUUUGAUUUACAAUCUUCAAUCAAGAAUAAAACUAUUCAGGGACAACCGUUACUUCACAGGAACAUUUGUACGAUGAAGACGGCCCUUGUGAUGACUUUGACUCUUUCAGCUCUACAUCUUUUCGCCAUUGUGUUUUGGAUUAUCGGCGAUACCCCGGUCACUGUCGUCUCCUACUCCAUUACACGUGAGUCAGCCAUUGGAAACAGGUCGUGUAUCGAUCUAAGAAACUUCAGUUACUUUGUUAGCCUGGGGUGGUCAUUUCUGUUAAUGAUAGCGUGUUUAGUUUUUGCCUUAAAGACGCGGAAACUGCCGGACGGGAUGAACGACUCGCACGAGAUUAUGUACUGUUCCUUUACCUCGUUCAUCCUGUGGAUUACGUUCAUUCCUCUAUACGCCUUCUCCGAUAACAAGGUCGUCAAGGUGAUGUCCCUUUCCAUCGCGCUGGUCGUCCACGGGACGUUGUGUCUGCUGUGUUUGUUUGUGACGAAGAUUUACAUCGUAGUGUUCCGCCCCGAGAAAAACAACAAGGAACGGGUAAUGCGCACCACACCGACCCGCAGCCGGAACUCGUUCAGUGGAAGUCCUCACGGCAGCCAUGCCGGCGACAAAAGAUUCUCAUUGGCCUUGACUUUGGAAGAUAAAACUUCAACCAAUGCUUCCAGAAAGCCAUCUACUGCAUGUGACGACACAGAGGAGGAGGGAGAGGACUACUCGGCGACGACGGGGACACUGCCGUUCAAGAACACCGUGAUGAUUGACAGGUCCGAGAAGUUCUCCGAGGAGGCGCAGGCCGUGCUGGACUGUCACGUGACCAGUGUAAACAGUGGCGACAAACUUCUAGGGAACAAAGACGACCAGGAUAGCACAGGCCUCGGUGAUACAAUGAGGACGACUAGAGUCAAUGGAAAUAUUCCCAAUCAUGAAAAGUGUGAUGAAGAUGAAUUAUCUCCAAAAGACGCACGUAAAAUAUCAAACCUCCAGGGAAGUAUAGGCUUCAAGACCCAAGGGGAGUUAAGAUGGCACUCUUCAAGAAAAUCAAAUAAAAAGAACGCCAGUUCUGAGAACAUUAUCGAAGAGGAGAAGCAGCAGACAGAGUCGAGAAGGCUGUCCCAGUCUCUACCGGAAGUGAACCUUCAGAACGUUUGCUGACAUAAGCGACCAUGUUAUGGAGACAUACGAUCAACACCUGUGAAAUACUCUUUUAUUAAUUGUUAUUUAAUAUUUGUUGUCUUUGAAUAAAGUUUAAUUCUGCAAAUUUUUACAAAAUUUUCCUUCGUCAAAA